ACUGUCCGACUGUAGAUGACAGGUCACAUAAUCUGAUUUUUUUGGGUGAUGAUUUAAUCUAUUUUCGGGAAAAUGACAACUAUCAAGACACUAACGACAAAUUAAAUGUCAUCACCUGUAAUACAUAUGAAGACAUAAAUACAAAGCAAGAAUUAAAAGAACCAAGACGAAAUCAGCAGUUAAAUGUGAACGAGGAAGUGAAACAAUAUAAUAUCCUUUACUUUUUCCGUUUCGGCUAUUACUAUCUUAUUUCUACUACUACUGAAAUCAGAAAAACAUGCUUUGCCCGGACGUUCGAUGAUUUAUUUAAUGAUAUCGACUUAGAUAGCCUUAAAAAUAAAGGGAUUAAUGAAAAGUUUGAUAAAGAUGACUUGGUCAUUCAACAUGAUCAAACGAAAUUUACUGAAAAACAGUUUAGAUUAAUCGAGUUAGAUGUCGUUUCGGUCUAUCGACAACGAACUGUUUACAUCAGUAAAUCAGCCAGUGAUUCUAUGCCAACAAAUUAUAUUUCAGUUACUCCUUUCUUUAGAUCAACUAAGCAUGAAUGGAAAAGAUUUAUUAAGAGUAAAGAAGCUUCAUUCGAUUAUUAUUGA